AUACACUAUUCUCAUAAAUUUUUGUCUUGACUCUGAAACUCCAAAGACUUGGACUCUAGCUUACUUGGCUUCUUCUUUUUCUCUCUGGCAAAAGAAGAGGAGAAAUGAUCUGGUUUAACAACAUGCCUAAACCAGACAUGCAACACAAUCUACAGCCCGAACCAAAUAGGAGGAGGCUUAGUCUUGAAAUACCUGGGCUGUCUAAUAUGUCUUGUACAGAAAUAUUGGCUCUGGCUAAUAACACAGAUGCGUACGGCACAAGUUCAUCAGUUGGUGCAUCAUCAUCAUCACUUAGCACUCAGUACUCGAUGGAUUCUUGGAUUAAUAGCUGGAGGAUGGAGUAUAAUCCGUUGUUUUCAAACUCUGAAUCCUCCCUUGGGAUAAAUACAGGCAUUCCUGGACAAAGAACAAUGCCAACACAACAAUAUGAUGUGUCAACUCAACAGAGGUUUCUUUGUGACCUUAUUCUUACACCUGAAGAGAUGAUGAGCACCAGUCUGCGACCAACAGAAGCUGAGUUUCCUCCAAUCACAUUAGAAAGGCCAGCCAGAAUGUUAGUUGAAACAGACCAUGAGCCUCACGACCCUAUCAAGAAGUCUAUCCUUGAAACUGGAUCUCGUGUAGGAGUAAAGAGAGGAAGACCACGAAAUAAUGAGAAAGGACAGCUGAAAACACCGGCAUCGAAGAAAAAAAAGAUCAGACCAAAGGUUGUUGGUGAAGGCAAAACAAACAAAGCCUCAUCAUCUAAACCAAGGGUUAAAAAAUCCUCUGCUGCUACUGCUACUCCUGCUCCUGCUCCUCCACCUGCUGCUACUGCUGCUUGUGGUCUAGAUUUCCCUUCAGAAGGUCACACUCGCGGGGAAGGACCAACCGAUAGAACACUUGUGAAGCAGAGUCCAAGAGACCCUACAACAAGCCAAAUCAAUGCAAGGGUACUAGACCUGCAGUGGCGACGCCAAUGUUCACAAGGUACAUCAUUUGCUGACAUGUGGGAAAGAAGUUCGACAAUUGAUGCCAUCACUAAGCUGUUUGACGAGCUAAACAUCAACAUAGAGGGUCUUUGCCUUCCACAUAAUAGAGAAACCGCACUCACUCUAUACAAAAAGACAUAUGAAGAGCAACAGGCAUUGGUGAAGUAUAGCCAGAAGCAGAAACCGAAAGUACAAUUGGAUCCUGUGACCAAUCGAGUCUGGAAACUCUUGAUGCGGAGUAUCCACAACAACGGUGUUGAUGGAGCAGAUGAGAAAACACGUAAAUGGUGGAAAGAGCAGAUAAACAUGCUUUGUGGCCUAAUAAGCUCGUUCAUUGAUCAAAUGCGUAGAGUCCAAGGGGAUAGAACUUUCUCACCUUGGAAAGGAUCGGUUGUGGAUUCAGUAGUGGGAGUUUUCCUCACCCAGAAUGUUGCAGAUCAUUUAUCAAGUUCUGCAUAUAUGGAUCUAGCUGCUGCGUUUCCUCUCGACUGUAACUUCAACAAGAGAUCAUCUCCUGAAGAGUGGGGAAGUUCAGUAACUCAUGAAACAAUGAUGAAUCCAAGAAUUCGCAAUCCAAAUUGCGUCAUUAUAGAGGAGAUUGAUGAUGAUGAUGAUGAGCAUGGCACUGAUGCUGUUUGUAGUCAGGGACCCUCCAAAAUGAGUGAGAGCUUCAUCAGUUCUACAAACCAAUCAACAAUGAUGCUGCAAGAUCCAUUUAACACAAGUUUGGUGAGUGAGCAAGUUGAUUCCAAAAUGGUGAAAGGCAAAGGCCAUUUACCAAACACGGGUGGUCUUUCUAUGGUGUCGUAUACUUCUUCUCAUUUCAACCUAAAUGAAUUACCACCUGAAGUAGAGAGUUGUGAUUCAUUCAUAAACAAUGACUAUGAAGAAAGUCAAGUUCAACAUAUGUCCAGCCAUCAACAAGAACUGGAGAGUACCCUUCAUGCACAAGACCAGGAACAGAACACAAGAACAGAGGACGUGCAGAAGAAGAAACCAACCACUUCUAGACCAGUAGGUCGACCGCGCAAAAACAAGGUAGAUGAAUCCUCAUCAAACAAAAAGGCAAAGGAACCAGCAAAGAGCAAGCCAGAGGACACAUUUGACUGGGAUAUUUUAAGAAAGGAAGCAGAAAGUGGUGGCAAAAAGAGAGAGAAAACAGAAAGAACAAGGGAUACAGUUGAUUGGGAAGCUGUUCGAUGUGCAGACGUCAACAAAAUCGCUAAUAUAAUCAUAAAACGAGGGUUUAACAACCUGCUUGCCGGAAGAAUCAAGGCCUUCUUAAACAGACUGGUGGAAGAUCAUGGAAGCAUUGACUUGGAGUGGCUAAGAGAUGUUCCCCCUGACAAAGCCAAGGAGUAUCUACUAAGCAUAAACGGAUUAGGGUUGAAAAGUGUUGAGUGUGUUAGACUUCUGUCAUUACACCAGGUUGCGUUCCCGGUUGACACCAAUGUCGGACGCAUAGCUGUAAGACUAGGAUGGGUUCCUUUACAGCCACUGCCUGACGAGCUGCAAAUGCAUCUUCUAGAACAGUAUCCUGUAUUAGAUUCUGUUCAAAGGUAUUUAUGGCCACGCCUCUGCAAGCUGGACCAGAAAACGUUGUAUGAGCUGCAUUAUCACAUGAUUACGUUCGGCAAGGUCUUUUGCACAAAAAUAACACCCAAUUGCAAUGCAUGUCCAAUGAAAGCGGAGUGCCGACAUUACGCUAGUGCACAAAGGUUAUUAUACCCACAAAAUUCUAUAGUUACUUGA